ACAAGGUCUCCCUGUUGCUGUUCUACCGCAAAUUUUUAGCAUUUAUGGCACAAAUAUAUAUAUAUACUGAUAUUAGUAUUUUUCCACAUCAUAUUCAAAUCAUCUAGAAGGGACUUUGUUGAGCUUCACAAUACAUUUGAGAUACUUUUAGAUUAUUUGGACUGUGCCAUGACUUGCAUGGGAUUUGUGCCACAAAUGUUAAAAACAAAGCAAGACAACUCGUAAACUUCAAACCUCAAGAGUUCAAAUUUGUGUACGUUUUUUGUGUAGAGCUUCCUAUUGGUUGAUUUUAAUACUUUCCAAGUGGGAAACUAUGACCUCAUCUUUCUACGAAUUUCCAAGUUGGACAUUUCAGAGUUUCCUAGAAAACGCAGCGUUGCAGUGUAAGGAAACCAACGUGUAGUUUUGUAAUUUGGGUGAACUAUCCCUUUAAGUACAGUGAUGUUGAAUGAGAGGGAUACUGUGGGGAACAUGUAUGUAGUACCACCGAUUAACGUAAGGUGGCGCCAUGGUCUAAUAUAAAAGUAUAUAUUCGAGUUUACAGUUGGUAUUGAAAACAUCAUCAGCCUUGGCUUGAACACCGCAAACUCAAAUAACGGCAAGAGCGUGACAACACCAGCACUUUGUGGAAGCGUUUUUACACAAUUCUCUGCCAUGCAGCUUGAUACUUAAUGAAAGACUGUGCGCAUAGACUGCUCCAGUUGCCUUUUCUUGUUAGUUUUCCCUCUCGGUUUCCAAGACACAGCAUUGUACUUGUUUGACAGCGCAUCCUUGACCAGUUUGGAAUCGAACCCAGGGUUGAGAAAUGGAAAAGGAAAAUAAACACGGAUCAUCACAUCAGUACGGCUCUCUGGAAUGCACUAAAUGGAAUACAGACAAUUCCAAAACAGAAGAGGACAUCGUCUCCAUGGCAGACUCCACCAUCACCAUAGAUGACAUCGAGGGAGAGCUGUUCAAGAUUGACAGGAUUCGAGAUGUGCUGGUCAGAAGAGAGUCAGAACUCAGAUACAUGAUGGAUGACAUUCAGCUGUGUAAGGAAAUCACUCGCCUCAAGAAGGAGCUCCAGAAACUGGUGUCCAUACCAGACAAUGACAAGUCCAACGAGGACAGGCAGAAAGAGGAGGAUCUUCUCCAGCAGAUCCACAAGCUGGUGGAGACAAGAGAUUUCCUUGUUGACGAUGUGGAGUUUGAGAGGCUAAGGGAAAGGGAGGAGGACAAAGAAAUGGCUGAUUUCCUCCAGUCCAAGUUCCCCAGAAACUCCAAGAAGAAAGGUCAGAUUCCAGCCAGACGGCUAACGUCCAGGGCCCAGCAGACCUCGUCCCCCUUCACCAAGACAGGCCUGUCCCUGCUGAAGGAGUGCUGUGGCUUCACCUGCUCCAUCAUGUAGGCCGGGCCCUCAGGGGCUCUACCAUGGAGCCAAAAUAGAACCCUGUUGCAUCACAGUUUCAGCUUUCCAACCCGAGUAACACUUGAAGUACGGACAGACAACCAGCCAGUGGAGUAGGUUGGGUAUGUCGCCAGGAUGAGAUUAGUGGUGUUUUAUCUCCCAAUCUAUGCAUCCCGUCUGGGCUGUGUUUCUCUUUCACUCCUUUGUUUCUGUCUCUCUCCCUGUCCAACCCCCCCCUCUCUCUC